AUGGAAGACUUACUUCGCAAAUUAGGGUUUAGUGAAGCCAUGUUUGGGAACUCUGUUGAAGAAAUAGUGGAACAAGGUAAAAAUACCACCGAUUACAGCGAAUUACUUACCAUCAUUAAGCAGUUAGACCAGCAUAAUAAACGCGAGACCCAAGCGGAAGCAAUUCGUCGCUUAAAAUGGAAGUAUUUUAACACUUUAUUAGAACAAAAACAUCUAGAAGUUCAGUUAGG